AAAACACCCAACAACCAUCUGUUUUGUGCUGACUGUUUCUACCCUUAUCGAUGUUGAUUGCGUGUAAACUGCUGCGAGUGGCGAGUUGAAGUUACAUUUCAUAAAUAUUGACAGCCAACACCAUUGUUGGGCGCCACCACCACCAACAACACUUUACAGUCAAGCUGCCAUAGACUCCAAAACAAAAACUAAAGGAUAUUGAUUUUCCAACGAGUGACUGCUACGACGAAGUAUACAAACGAAUGGCUUUUUAGAAAUCAUCAAAUCAAAGUUGAAUCAUACUUUUUCGCUCGCGCAAAAAUAGCAAAUAUAUUUCUGGAGACAGAAAGAAAAAUGCAAAGUUUAUAGAAAAAUAUAAUAAAUUAAAUAUUUUAUUUAAAUAAAAAAUACAGGAAACGACUUGAAAAUGUGCAAUAAAAUAAAAUUUUAAGAAAAUAUUGAAUUUUGUUAAAAAAAAUCGUUUACAGAAAAUGAUAAUUCAUUAAUCAAAUCCAUAUCCUAUCAAAAGUUUGAAAAACAAAAAGCACGUAGAAAAAAGUUAAAAGAAAAACGUCCUAAAUAGUGAUACAACAUUGUGCACACUAAAUUAAAUACUCAUUGGAAUCAUCUUGAAUUGAAAAUAUAUUGUGAAAAAAUAAAAUAUUAUACAUCAUUACCAGCCAUAUUCCUUGUCCACAACAUAUCCUUUCACACACACACAUCUACAUCCCUGCUUAAUUUCAAAUUACUUGUGGAUCUUUUUUGUGUGUUGGAAAAAGAACACAAAUUUUCACACGAAAAUGGCUUUAGAUUUUGUGGCGACCUACAAAGUUUUGGUUUUAGGCGAUUCCAAUGUUGGCAAGACAUGCAUUGUCCACAGAUACUGUGAUGAAAAGUAUUACGACACAUACAUCUCCACAAUUGGUAUUGAUUUCAAACAAAAGCUCAUCAAUCUGGAUGGAGUUCCGAUAAAACUGCAAAUUUGGGAUACUGCCGGUCAAGAACGCUUCCGUACAUUAACAACCGCCUACUACAGAGGAGCUAUGGGAAUACUGUUAAUGUAUGAUGUGACAAAUUUGGAAAGUUACAAUAAUCUUUCGUACUGGUUAAGAAAUAUUCAAGAGAACGCGUCACCGGAUGUUGUAAAAGUUUUAGCGGGAAACAAAUGUGAAUGCUCAGCCACACAAAGGAUGGUGGAUAAAGAAAGAGGUGAAAAGAUCGCCGAAAAUUUCGAUAUGCCAUUCUUUGAGGUAUCCUGUAAAAAUAAUAUUAAUAUUGAAGAAGCAUUCCUAUCACUAGCAAGAAAAAUACGAGAGCAAAGAGAGAGAAGGGGUGAAAACUUUGAUAACGAUGACAAACCGCAAGACAAGAAAUCACCAGGUUCAAAUGGUUUAGGCACAUUCAGUUUAGCCAGUCUAUCGGAGGCUAAUCGCUGUGCAUGUUAAACAAAAACUCACUCAUCCAAAGAAAAUUAAAAGAAAAACAAAAUGAUAAUUAUUUUAAAUGAUCUUUUUAAGAAAAUUAUUAUUAAAUAUUAUAAUUCAAAUUAAAAAAGAAAACGAAAACAAAAUAUAUAAUAAUUCUUGUAAACACACAAUUUUGCUGCAAAACCAAAAGAUGAGCAACAAAAACACAACAAAUUUUGUCCAAUAACAAACAAACAAAAAACAAAUUAUAAUAAAAAACACAGCAAUUAGUAAACAUUUUAUCAAACAAAAAAUGCCAAAGUGAUGAAUUCUAUAUAAAAGAAAGAGAAAAAUCGCUUCAAUUGUUAAUAACAAAAUGCCAGUAUGAUCCACACAAAAGUUCAAUAUAUCGUAUUAUAUUUGUUUUGUUUGAUCAUUUUAAUAACGUGACUGUCCUUUGGGAAGUUUGCUGGACUGUAAGCACAUUUGUAACACGUUUAUAUAGAAAAUCUCUACCCGGAUUUACCAUUAUAAUUGACCAAUCACAAUCAAACAAACCAGAUGUAAUGUCAAAAUUUAUUUACACUUUAUAGCCUGUUGUUUAUUUUUUCUUCUGUGAUUUCAAUCACAAUAAUGCAUUUUGACAUUUCGUUUGGUAGUUAGCUGGCUUGGAAGGGGGACCUUAAGGUGAGAAUACAUAAAACGCUUUUUUGACUGGCUUAAGUCGUCGGCUAGCUUCUUCGGAAAAGAACAAAGAUGCGUAGGGCCAAAAUCGAACUUAGUCAACCUAAAACUCCUUUAGUCCUCUACGAAGAAGCUAGCCGAUAACUCAAGUCAGUCGAAAAGCUUUUUAUGUACUCUCACCUUUAUUCUUAAUAAUCAGGUUUAAUCGAUUGGCUGAUAACAUGACACAAUCAAUUAUAGUGAUUAAAGUACGUUUAUAUUUAAGAAAUCCACUCGAUCUCAAAUGUCAAUUCCAUGGCAGAAGAAUACAGGUAGAUGCAUCAACGCUUGGGAGCAUUGAUAUGCCAAAAAAUUUUAAAUGUUUUUUUUUUUUCAAAUAUAAGUCGAUUUUUAUAUGUUUUCUUAUACGACGUUAUUAUAAUUCUUGUUUUCCAACAAUUUUUACAAAUUUAAUAAUUUUUCAUUCAACAUUUUAAAUUCCAAAAUUGGUUUGACAGUUCAUUGUCCCACCAGCUGUGUCGAUGCGUCUACCUAUAUUAUUCUUCAAUGGCGUAUAUGCCAAAUAAUAUCCACUGGAUUUAUGAAUACGAUUUACGUGAUAUAUACGCUAUUGAAUUGUCAUCUGAAAUCGAUUGGAGUUUUUAGUCUAAAAGUGGUGUUAGAAUCACCGUACGCAAAAUAAACAAUAAACAAAACGUAAACAAGUUUUGACAUUUCGUCUGGUUGGUCUUAUUAUUGCGCCAUUAAUUACUAGAUAAAGUAGUUAUCUUAAAUCGAAUUUCACAUUGCCCUCUUUUACAAGUUUGAAGGCGGAAGUACAUAAAGAGCUUUUCUGGUUGGCAUAAUGAUUGAUGGACAAUUUAAAGUACGUGUGUUUACAUUCAAGUCUUUAUUAGUAUAAACUAUGAUAAACAACUUAAAUCAUCGGCUGGCUUCUUCGGAAAAGAACAAAGGAGUAUAUUGGCCAAAAUCAAACUAAGUUAACAUUAGACUCCUUUGUUCAUCUACAAAGAAGCCAGUCGAUGACUUAAGCCAGUCAAAAAGGCGUUUUAUGUGUUCUCUCCUUAAGUUGUGUCUGGUUACCCAAAAUUUUUUUAACAAUUGUUGCAAUUUUUUACUGUAAGUCGCCUGUUUACACAAAAGUUCUACAGACGAGAGAGAUUUGAGAGAGACAUUUUGACAGUUCUUUCACAGAGAGUUUCCAAAUUCUUGCUGGACAAAUUUCUUUUUGCAAUAACUUGUAACUCUUGUUCUUCUCCUUCCGGGGAUUUAUAUUUGGUCCAGAAACGUUAGAACAUCUUUCUUUUCAAAAUUGCCAUCACAAGUGUUUUGUUUUUUGGCUCAUUUUUAUUUUUUUGUCAUUUAUUUGUUUUAUGAUAGCCAAAUUGUUUUGUUUUGACAAAUCAGCUGAUUGGCUGCAAGUUUUUGCAGGGAUUCCGUCUGUUUACAUUUUCCAGACUUCUUGCAAAAGAGAAUUAAACUACUAAACUCUCGCAGUAAGAAGCUGCGGAACAAUUCCUGUAGACACAUCUAUAAGCAUAAAGCCUAUGUUAAACUUAUUGCGAAUAGUCAAUUAUCACGGUUAACCCGGGUAACGAUUUUGUUAGGCUUUUUCCAUGGGAAUACCAAUAACUUCUGAUAUAGCAAACCGUGCAUUACAUAGGAGCUAGUGAUAAUUUUUUGAACGAUAUAAUUAUUAUUGUUUUUUCAAUAACUACACUCGACAUAUGCUUCAUUUGAAUUUACAUAAAUUAUUUGUUAUUACUUCAAAAUAUCUGAAACAAUUAAAAAAAUGCUCAGCAGCAACUGCGUAGCACCGCAUACAAAUUUUUCUGUAGAUAAUAAUUAUAUUUAGAUACAACUAAAUAAUAUAGUCAAAUAAGAAACAUAAAACAAAACAGAAAAAGUUUUCAAUGUCAUCAACAGCCUUUAAUGCAGUAGUCCAAUAAAACAGAGCUUGACUUAAUUAUUUUAUGAAGAAAGUAUUAAAAACAAAAAAAAACCGAAAACUUCCAUUCAAAUAACACAGCCCAAUAACCUAAAACUCUAAUAUUCGACACUUAUACUUUUAUAUAACCAAAUUUUAGCAAAUAAAUUUCACAAUAAAUGUGUAUAUAUCAUGAAUAUCAGCAUAGCGUUCGCCUAUAGCAAAACAAUAAUAAACAAUCAACUUAUCAUCAUUAUAUACUCCAAAAACACUCUACUACACUAUACUUAUGUGUGCAUAAAACCUCAUGUAGAAAUCAUAUACAAUCGAACAUGAUUAUAAUGAAUUUAAAAAAAAAAAUUGCAGUACGCUGUUGUGUGAAUUAGACAAAUUAUUAGUCUGUUCCAGAACCUGCAAGAAUCUACUAGUCUUGCAAUUUCUUUCGAUAUCCUAGAGGAAAAAUCGGUUAACGUACUAAAAAAUGGCACCUAAAUUAAGCGUUUUGAGAAGACUUCUUAUUUAUUCGACAUAAAAACAAUGGAAUUUAUAAGCCAAAUAAGAGUACGUUUACACUUACUAAAUCCAGUGGAUUUAGUAAGUGUAAAUUCCAUUUCAUAUACGCCAAACGAAAUCGACACUCAAAUCCUGUGGAUUUCAUUUGAAGUUAUCGCAAUGAAACUGGAUUGGUUAUGUGUGUAUGGUGUUUAACGCGUUUUACUUAUUGUGAAUGAUUAUUCACUUCAAGGAAUGUGUAUGUAAACCCACGGUUACAGAACACGAAUAUUUUAAACUUCACAUAAAAACAAAACCUUAUUCCAAUAAUUAACAGCCUGUUCCACGAUAUUGAAAGAAAAUUUGUGCGAACGACAGCAAGUCACUCACUUCCGUAUCAGAAUGCGUUCCACUAUCAUUCGUUCGUUCUUUCACAUAGACUUACAAGACUCAGUGUUGCUAUAUAUACCAUUGAAAAAGUUAAUCGCGAUAAAGCGAUAAAAGACAACCAUACGUAAGCUGGCUCUGCCUGAGCUGACAGUUCAGUUGUAAGCAAACAAAUAAAAUUCCGAGUUUCCCAGAGAUUGUGUUCAAUUUAUUUGAGUUUUUAAAAAAUUAAUAUUUUUGUUCCCCUAUAUUUUAUGGAUGAUGUGAAGGAGCCUGCUGCUACCAAAUAUUGGCAGUCCUCUAGCGAACUCAGGAUUCUCCUCCAACUCAGGAUUCUCGUCAACUAGUGUUUCAGCUGUGUAUUAGAUGAUUAUAAAUAAAAAAUAAAAAUUAUAUAUGAAAAAUAAAAAUUAUAUUUGACAUAUUAUAAUUGUAUUUAUUAUUUUUACUCACCUUUUUGUUUCACUUUUCAAUUAUGUUGAAACAAUUAUCUUGAAUUAUAAUUAGACGACAGCAAUCACACAAGUGACUUAUUUUGACAUUUGUGUUCGCAUGCGUGCGAAGAUAGUGGAACGUAAAAUUACACUGUAAUGCUUACGCUUUCGUUCGCUUUGAUGUUCGUAGAAUUUUUCGUUCUGAUGAAUUUAAGUAGAACGGAAAUCAGCUGUUUGUCGUGUAAAAGACAUGCGAAUGUAUUCUUUCGAUAUCGUGGAACCGGCUGUAAGUCACUUUAGGAACUCGACCAGAAAAGUGCAACUAGCUCCUUUUAUCAGUUAAAGGAAAGUAGGCGAGAUAAUAAUGCACAGGCGUGGAAACAUGGUAAAAGAAUACAUCAACGUUUGAUAUGUCAAAAAUUUUAAAAUAUUUUUUUUUUAAAAAUAAAUAGAUUUUUUAACAGUUUUCCUAUACGACACCAGUCGGUGGUUUUUUACAAUAUGAAACAAUUUUUACAAAUUUGAAUAAAAAAAUAUAAUAUCAAAAUUGGUUUGACAGUUCAUUGUCCCAGCAACUGCAUUAAUGCGAAUACAUGCAUUCUUCUACCAUGCGUGAAAAAGAUCUAGAAGUAUGUUUACAUAUACAUAUUUACGAAGGAAACAUAACUUAAAUUUAUUGUGAUUGGUCAAUAAUUACGUUUAACUCUGUUUAGAAAUUUGUAUACAAACCUGUUAACGAAUUAUUGUCAAAUAGCCCGGUAUAUACUGCAAAUAAUUGAAAGUUAGUUUGGAGCUCUCCCAGCUGAUCAUGUUUUAGAAAACAUGUAGACAUGCCUCGCUGCUUUGUAGAAAUUUCUAGAGAGUUCAAUUCGUUAAAAAAUAGCAUGCUGUCAAAAUUUGUAUUUUCAUACGUUUAAUUCCCAAUUGUAUGUAUUUUGAUAAUACGUUCGAGAUCACAUAGUCUUAUCGGAUGUCCGUUUAAAAAUGUUCGCAUUUGAAGCGUAGAAAACC